AUGGAACAAAAGAGUGAUAAUGAAAUUAACACGCUCGAAGAAGUUCCACGCAUAUUUUUCGACUCAUCAACGCCGGAUGACUGUGUUCUUUCAAUAUUAUCUGGACUUCCACCAGUUUUCGAUGAAAAAUUCGGAGAAGCAUUAGAUAAACAGAUAAAAAUAGCAGAAAGCUCAAUAGGAAUCGUCUCAGAAGAGUUAACAAAGCAUGUAUAUGCCUCUCAGGAUUCAAUUUUUGAUGCCACAUCACGAUUUCUUAAAUUACAAGAACAAGUCGAAAAUUCUACACGUUACAUUUCAUCAAUACGUAGUGAAAUCACAUCAGUACGUGAAAAUACGCUUGAUCCAAUGAUAAAUGUAUAUACUCACAUUCGAAAUCUUAAAAGAUAUAAUAAAAAUUCGAAAGUUGUUCAUUUUACUAAAUGUUUGUUACUAAUAGACGAAAUAUUACAUUCUAGACAAUUCAUUACAGCAUCAUACAACUAUGAAUGCAUUAAAAAUAUUUUAAAUCAAGAUGAUUUAAGUUAUUCACCAGAAAUUUAUGAUAAAUUCUACGCAAUUGGAUUUCCUGAUUUCCCAACUGAUGUUUGUGGGGAAUCAGAUCCUCUAAAAAUUGGCGAAUUGAAAAAAAUCGGUUGCAUAUCAGAAAUUCUUGAAUCAAUACAACAAUUUCCAUCUAACCUAGAAACAAUACUUACAAAGGAGCUUCAAGAAUUAUCCGAAACCUUCGACGAACAAAAAUAUUCCGAAGUUAUUGCUUCAUAUCUCUUUAUCAGUGAAUCACCACCAAUUGCAAAGAUGCUUGUUAACAUCUACACCAAAUUACUUCACGAUCGAGCCUACGCAUACUUCGAAGCUUCGAGUAAUGACAUUGAUACAUUAUUUAGGUUUAUGGAUACGAACUGCGCCCUUCUUAAAAAAUUCCAGACAUUCAUACAGUUCCAUUCUGAUAACAGUCAGAUCACAGAUAUCAUUGAUAAAAUAAAUCCGGAUUAUAUUAUCCCAAAAAUUGAUGGAGAACGCUUUGAUAAUAUCCUAUCAUCAAUUCUUACAGGUUUCCAUGAUAAUUUCAACCAUUUUUAUUCGGCUGCUGAGUCUUCUGUCCUUCAAUUUUUAUCUCGUAUUAAUUGUAAGUCAUUGGAUGCUCUUUCCUUCAUCAAACUUGUCCGAGGCCUCAAGGAAUUCACAUCCAUACUUACCUGCGAAGGAAUCCAAGACUGGCUCCAAAUAACUUCUUCCGAAUAUCUCCAACGCUACACAAGUGCCUGUAUCAUGUCAACCAGGCAAGCAAUAGCAUCAGAUAGUUGGGCACCUGUACCAAUUGAGUCCGAUUUCCUUCAACACGUUCAAACUGUUCCAUGUGAUGAGCAAAUCUUCGAAUUUCCAACAGAUGAAGAGCCAACGAAGCGAUAUACAUGUAGUAGUGCCAUGCAAUGUGUACGAAUCAUACAUUCUUUGGUAUGUUUGUCGGUUGAAUUAAACAAGGAAUCUUGUAUUUCCUUGAUUAUCAACGUAAGUAGUACAUACGUUGCUGGCAUUAUCAAUACAUUCUGUUCACCCUAUCCUUUGCUCACUGUUUCCGAUGGUUCCGUGUCAUUUUCCCAGAAAUUAACUCGAAGUUUUCAAAAUUCUUUUGUUGAAAACCUCAAAACAACACUCAGAUUGAUCGGACACUUGUCGCUAACAGAGCAAAGACCAGUAGAGAGUGCAGAGUCCCACUUGAUGCAGAUGAUUGUAGGAACAGAAGGUUUGAAACUCUUGAGUUGGUACUUGAAAGGAAUUAAAAAUUAUUUGAAUACAAUUGAAAAUGAAAAAGUGACAAAAUUUUAUGACAUCACUGUUUUUCAAUUGUUGAAACAAUGCAGGCCUAACAUCUCUGCAUUCUGUGCAAGGAAUUUCAUGAAUAUCAAGCAGUUAAAGUAUCAAAUCAUUGCUGCAGAUUGGAAUGUUCAAGAAAUUACAAUAGAAUAUCAUGGUUUCGUUUCUAUUUUGAAGAAAUCGCUUGAAAACUUGUCUAAAACAUUGUUAUCAUUCCAAUUACCAAGAGAUGUAUCUGAUGACAUAUGGAGAGGCACGUGGAUGAGAAUUUGCAAUGUUCUAAUUCACGCUUUUGGUUCUGUAAGAGUUUGCAACAGCAAUGGAAGAUCUCUGAUGAUUGGAGACACAAGAGCUGCUGCAACUAUAUUCACAAAUAUGACGAAACUAACAGAUAUUGAUUACGUCGAUGUUUUGGACUACAUCAAUGCUUUCUUCUUUAAUUUGACUGAGUUUAGUUCUUGGUUGGAAAAAGCUUCUUUGAGAUACAAAUCUUCCUAUUUAGUUAACUUGAUAAGAACAGGGCUUAGCUGUAAACUGUCUUCAAAGGAUAUGAGAGACUUGCUAAGCAAAGUAGAAACACCUCCUAAAUAA